UAAAAAUAAAAAUAAAAAUGGCGUCUUGCUCCUUCCCCUUUCCCACUACAGUAAACCACCACCACCACCACCACCACCUCGCUCCGCCGCCGAAUACCAAUUUUAUUAUGUCCAGCACAGCCAGAGAAUCCAACACCUCCUGCUAUUCCUUUCCGUCUACAACUAAUCUCCACCGUUCAUUUUCCAUCAAACGCAAUUCCUGGUCGGGCCGUUGCCACGCCGCCACCGGUCCGCAGUCGGAGCCUCCACCGGAGAAAAACCCGCCUCCGCCUUCAGGUAUAACAGCACCAUUCUCCAGAUUUCAAGAUAGUAUGCAGAUUUUCCUUGCUGUUCUAUUUUGGAUGUCUCUUUUCUUCUGGUCUUGUGCAUGGGACGGUGGAAAUGGUGGCCGACCAAAUAACGGAUCUCGAUUUAGGAAAUGAAUUCAUUUUUUUUUUUUUUUAAUUUAAUUUUUUUACAUGCUGUAGAUAGAUCUUAUACAAGAUAGUAUAUAGCAGGAAGAACAAAUUUGAGAUCGUAAUCAUCACAUUAUACAAAUGUAUUUGUUAGUAACUUCAGCCGCGUGGCUAUACGUUAUGUUCCUGUAAACUUUUAAUCUUUCAUUGUUUGUUUCGGUUCACGCGAAUGUGUUGUU